UAUAGGCAUAUGCUCGAUACCACGUCUGCUAAAGAAAGAAAUAAAAACAAACAAAUCUUUAUAUAUAAAAGUGAAUGUUCCCAAUUUUUCCAAAAAAAAAAAAAAAAAAUUCAAGAUCUAGAAGUUGUUUGAAAACAAACAGAACAACAUAUAAUAACGAAACCAUUAAUGAAAAAAGGUACGAUACACGCACACACAAACGAACAUUCAAUUUUAUAUCUAUCGUUCACACAUAUGUAUGUUGUCUCGUGUGCUUUAUUGACACAUAUGUGUAUUCUUAUGUUCUUUCUUACUUCAGAUCUGAAAGACACAAAGUAUUGUCCAACCAUUUUGUUGCCCACAGAACAUACACUGAAAAAAUCGUUAGAUUCGAUACUCUUCAAUUCAAAAAGUGGUACAAUUCCGAAUAAAAUAGAUCGCAUCGAUUUGUGCUGUCGUACGCUGUACAAGUGUAAUCUUCAAAAGACUUCUGAAAUAAAUCAAACAGUAUGGUACAUUCGGCACUGCAAUUGUGUUCAAUCAUUUCAACAUUGUUUAAAAAGUUUAAACACUUCGUUAUCGAAUGAAUUAUAUUCGACGUUUGCUUUAAAUGCCACCAAAUGCAUUUCAAACGAGCAGAAAAUUGUCGUCGUUUCAUUCAAUGCAUCGCUUAAAGUUAUUUCUGAAAUUAGCGCGAAAAUGUCUAUGGACGAACUUGAAAAAUUAAGCAAGCCGGGAAUUUUCGAAACACCGGAACAAACAGCAGAUUUUAUUUUUAAAGUGCUGAACGUCGGCUCGUCAUUUGGUUGUGACGUUUAUCAAACCUUUAUUGAUGAAAUGCUUCAGAAUACAAUUACUGCCGCCAACACAUACGAACACUCAGAACAACAUGAAUAUUUGUCGAAGAGUCAAUUUUUAAUCAAAUUGGUGCGAAUACUAUUGAAAACAGCAUGUGACAACCACAAAAUCAUCAAAGGUGACGUCUCUUCCACUUGCUGCAUGUUGACUGAAACCACUUCGGCCAACCCAAUCACCCAGCGCUCGUCGCCAAAUAUAAAUGUGCAUUAUGGCUUUUUUUUCAACUCUCCGUGCAAACCAUGAAAUUGAUUUCAGAAUAAUUCCGAUGUUGGCUGUGCAUAAUUGCUAGUUUAAAAAUAUUUCUUUUUUUUUCUCGCCAAAUAAUUCAAAUAAAAUUUUCCAAUACAAAA